AAAUUAUUUUUAAAGGUGACUUCUAUUGAAUCUUCAAUUUUUAAUAAAUGAAAUGAAAUCUUUUAUUGAAUGUUAUGUGCUCGUUGAUCUCGAGUUCAGCCAAUAAUAAAUUAAUUAUUUCAGCAAGUUGACAAGAAACAAAAUUAGUUCCAUAAUGUUGUGAAACUAUCAUUGGUGGUUUUAAAUGAAUUUAUUUUUCUAAACUUAAUGAAAUAGUGACCUGGGAAGUUUAUUAUCCAUUCACCUGAUGAACGAGCUUUGUUUUAAAGGGUUGAUCUACUUUUCAAAUUCGACUCAGCUAUCAUAAAUAGUACCGCUAAUAAGAUCGUGUUUACUCAAGUUAUUGGUCUAAACGAAUUCAUUUCAUAUUUGUUACGAAUUUUAAGCUAAUGUGGUUUUUAUAAUUUUCUUGAUUUUCUCUGUGCCUUGUUUAAUUUUAGUAUUGAUCCUAUCUUACUGUGAUUUAAUAUUUUUUGGAUUAUGGCGACCACACCGCUUCCUAUUUUAAGAUUUGACAACGAGAAACAAGAGUAUGAAUUUGUUGAGGAAACGUUUGAUAAAAUUAUCGAUAGAGAGGGCAUUCAAGAUUUGCCCAUUGCUGUUGUGUCCAUUGUUGGAGAUUAUCGUAAAGGAAAAUCAACUUUGCUCAACUUUCUCCUCCGAUACUUUCAACACUAUGAUUCUGAAGAUUGGCUCGGUAACUCCAAACAGAAAUUGACAGGAUUCUCAUGGAGACAAGGUGUAAAAAGAGAUACAAUUGGAAUUGUUUUAUGGCCUGAACCAUUAAUUAUUACCAAAAAAGAUGGUUCAAAAAUUGCUGUAAUUUUAAUGGACACUCAAGGAUUAUUUGAUGAUCAAACGACUCAUAAAGAUUGUAGAAAUAUCUUUGCAAUAUCAUCUUUGCUCUCAUCUAUUCAAGUCUACAAUCAGAUGCACAUGAUUCAAAGUAAUGAUAUAACGAAACUCUCCGAAUUCAGUCAAUACUCAAAGUGUAAAAAGGAAGAAACUGGUUACAAAGCUUUCCAAGAUCUUUUGUUACUUGUGCGAGAUUGGUCAUCUCCUGUUGACUACCAUUAUGGAGAUGAAGGAGGACGAGAUUAUCUCAAGUCUAUGAAAAUAAGUCAAUCUGGUACUUUUAAAGAGAACUGGGAAGUUUUGUAUCAAAGUUAUGCUGAAAUCAACUGUUUCCUGAUGCCUCAUCCUGGAUUAGCUGUGAAUAUCCCUGGGUUUGCCGGUGAAAUAACUAAAUUACAGCCUACAUUUGUCUCAAACUUACGUCAGCUAGCAAGGAGUUAUUUUUCACCAGAAAAGAUUGCAAUAAAAACAAGUCGAGGUCGAAAUAUGAAAAUGGCAGAGUUUUCCAUUUUUUUCAAAUCAAUUGUGGGAAAUCUUAUGCAAAAAAAUACAAUUGGAAUUGACGACUUAGGCUAUAUCGAUUCUGAAGCUCAAGCAAAAAUAGCACUUAUGCAUGCAACGGCUGAAUUCUUUAAACAAUAUGUUGCAUUAAAUCCGGCUAACGAUCCUUCAAAGUUAGCUUUGAGUGCUGAAAGGGCUUGUGCUUUAGCUACAUUAGUAUAUUUGAACAUGACCAACUAUAUUGACCCAGAAAUCGCAGAAGCCUAUUUAGAUGACUGGAAAUCCUCGGUAGAUGAAUUUGUUACAGAACGUUUGAUGGGAUCUUCCAAUGAUAAAUCUAAAGACUCGACUGAUUCUGGUUGGCGAUCCAACAUUUUCACGAGUAUUCGAUAUUUUUUGUAUUCACUCGCUUCUCCAGUCGCGAGUAAAGUUAUACCAACGGUGAUUGAGGUUGGAAUUCCAUUUUUUCUUUCUCGUUUCAACAAAAACGUCUCUUUUAAGCCAAAAACGAGAAGACAGUUCAGAAAAAGGUGAUUUCCAAGUCAAAUGUGUUGUAUUCAACACACAGAGCAUAAGUUUUCAUGGGAAAGGCUAAUCUUUUGGAAAUUUUUCUCGACUACGAGCAUUCCGUCAACACCAACAAGCUUCUUAUUCUACUAACUUUUACAAAACCUCUGAAUUAUGUUUUCGAAAAUGGAAUCUCUAUGGAAAUCAGAAAAAUAAAUAUCUCAGAGUUCUUUCUAAUCUUCUAAUAAACUCACACAAAAA